GAUAAAAUAAAUUUUGAAAUAUGAUAAAGUUGCAACAGUGCCACCUUAAUAUCGCGCGGUUCCAUAAAUAAGCCUGGUACCUAAUUACGAAACACGCGGUGAUUGCAUCAAAAUGGCGGAUUUUUACGUUCGCUAUUAUGUUGGACAUAAAGGCAAAUUUGGACAUGAAUUUCUCGAGUUUGAGUUCAGGCCUGAUGGUAGGUUGACAGAAUGUUAUCUAGGGUGAUAGGUUAGGUUGGUUUUGUGUUGUGGUUGCAAGUAGUUUGUGUAAAUUUGGGUAUUUUGUUAAUGGAAUUUUGUCAUCAUCUUGGCAGGUAAAUUGAGAUAUGCCAACAACUCGAACUACAAGAAUGAUACUAUGAUUAGGAAAGAGGUGAGCAAUCACAAUGAGAUCAUUUUACACAAAUUACAAGUAUCUAUUCCAUCGGCAACGGUUUCUUGAAUGAGGUAUUUGGGCCAGACACCCCAUCUGAUCUCAUGAGAUUAACCAGGGUGGAAAGUUUGUAGGUUGCGCCGAAGAUCUUCGGCGUGGAAAAUUCACAAAUUUGCUCCAUUUUGGCGCAGAAUUAUGGGAAAAUGAACUGGUGUGGCGCACUGGCGUACAAAAAUUUAUUUAGUUGUGCACACUACAACGUUCUCAACCAUUUCUAUUUGUAUUUUAGCCAUGUAAUAACGGGAAUUUGAUUGAGCACUGACUGUGAAUAUGUUUAAAACAGGAUUUGUGCAGCCACUGGCGCCUGUCACAGUGAUUUCGGUUCCCCCGUGAAAUCGGUUCCCCCUCGGAUAAAAUUCCUCCAUUAUAACCGGAACUUUAUGCCUAUCACAGUACAGGCAGGCGGCAGAAUUUCCCUUGAUGUCCAACAUGGCGACCGUCGAGAGAGUGAUCGGCCCGGUAUUUGAUAUAUAAAAUCAUUAUUUUGAAUUUGUUUGCUGAAAAUUUUCAAAAAUUAGGAAAUUGAAUUAGUCAGUUUUGUUCCUUAUGGUAAUUUUUUGUCUUUAUACCUGGAAAUACACCUCAUUUUACAGACACGAAAUUGACAUCAAGACCCAUGUUUAAUAACACUGUAUUUAUAAUAUAUACUAGUUUCAAUCAGUUUUGUUUGAAAUGAUACGAAAUACUUAUGUAAAGUCUAAAAUCUAUAUCAUUGUUUAGUUAGAUACUUAGAUUUUCAUUAAUGAUUGCAAAUUUGGACAAAAGUCCCGCGCUUAUUUUUAUCAAAACCAUUGAACUAUAUCGUAUAUAAAGUAUAGUUCAAUGAUCAAAACAAGGGAAAUUCUGCCGGUACUGCGAUAGGCAUUAAGUUCCGGUUAUAAUAGAGGAAUUUUAUUCGAGGGGGAACCGAUUUCACGGGGGAACCAAAAUCACUGUGACAGCGCAUGUUACUGAACCUUGAUCAAAUCUUUGGCGCACAAAAAACAAACUUUCCACCCUGGAAUUGAGAUAUGAUAUAUUUUUCUAGGCUUUUGUUUCAAAGCGAGUGAUGGGGGAGUUGAAACGAAUUAUAGACGACAGUGAGGUAUGUAUGGAACCAAACCGUAUUUGUACUAGAGAAAAAUUUGGGUUGCUUUUUUUGGCCAAUCUAGUUAUCCUGUCAUACCUGACAAGCAUUUAUUAGUUAGAUAACUUCGUGUUAUAUAUUUGUUAUUUUCACAUAGAUACUCAAAGAAGAUGAUUCACUCUGGCCCCAACCAGACAGAGUUGGUCGACAGGUAUAAUAUGAUAUUAUUUCGAUUAUCAAUAAAUCUUGAAUGUUUUAACCCAUUGAGCACAAGCACACUCCCCCUGAUGAGUGAAAUUUUCUGGCAUUAGCCAGAGUAAAAGUUACAAAAUAUCACCCACUUGAACCGACUUGAGCUCAGUUGGUAGAGCAUUGGACUAGUAUUCCAAAGGUCGUUGGUUCGAUUCCCACCGUGGACAGGCAAACUUUUCAGCUUGCCAUGUGUGGAUGCAUACUUAAGGUGGAUUUCCAGUACUUGCAUGAAGCUCCUCGCUGCGAGUGCAUGCAUGAACACUUUCAUCCAAUCACAAUGCAAAACAGUUCAUUUUAAUUAGAUGCAAGCACUUGCAGCGAGUUGCGAGGAGCUUCGUGCGAGGACUGGAAAUCCACCUUUACAGUAACAUGACAAUUGACAAACAUCAUAUUUACCUGAGUACAUAACACCAACACACACAAAGGGUUAGGGUCGGGCGGUUCUGGGUGAAAAUCGAAAACCGUCUGAAAAAAACGAUGUUUUUUAAUGAAAAUUUCCUUAUGAAGAAAAUUUAAAGGAAAUUUCAUAAAAUAGUGGAAACACUGGGUAAAAAUAAUAUGGCGGCCAUUUCGGUUGCGAAUUACGAAUAUUUUGGUCUUAUUUUCGCUCGAUGAUCCUCUAAUACUCUAUGCUUUGCGUGCUGUUUCUACAAGUUUCAAGUAUUUUCCCGAUUUUUUUUUUUGCCAAAAGAAAAAUCGAUUGAAUCGGUUUUUAAAAAAUCGGUUUUAUCGAUAAACCACCCAACCCUACAAAGAGUAAAAUAAUGUUUUUAUUUUACUCAGGAACUUGAAAUAGUGAUGGACGGGUUGCACAUUGCAUUCACAACAUCAAAAAUUGGAUCGUUGGUUGAUGUUAACCAAUGCAAGUAAGUUACUGGACAUUGUACUGGUGGAUUUUUAAAAUUCUUGUUAUUUUUGUAUUACAGAAAAUAAAAAUCGAAAUAUGCUUCGUGAUUCACGAAUCAAAUUUCGAACUUAAUAAUGCGAAAUUUAGGCAAGUUAUUAGUUUUUAUGAUUUGCUAAAAUGAAACUCGAGUCUGUCACGCUAAGACAACGUUACAAGUAGCAGCCAUCUAAAAUAUGUGCAAAAUUUCCAUCAGUGAGUUUGAAGUUUACGUGGGUGUUUUUACCGGUGGCGCAAUGUUUUUAAAAAGCUAACUUCAGCUGGACAACAUUAGUAUAGAACCAUAAGUAUACUAAGUAUAAAUAUACUAAAUUGAGUAGAUUCUAUUGCUCCAACAUAAUUUUAAUCAUAAAUAUUAUUUAUAAUUAAGUUAAAUUAUUAAUCCAUAUAAAAAUGUUGCUAUACUUGCAAUAACAAACUAUUUUCAGAAGUAAUAUAAUCUGUGUCCAAUAAAGACAUCUCUUUUCUUGUUUUAGUGAUGCAGAUGGCCUGAGAUGCCUGUACUAUCUCGUACAAGAUCUUAAAUGUCUUGUUUUUUCGUUGAUUGGCCUCCAUUUUAAGAUCAAACCGAUCUAAUCACAUUCUCGGGUCUUCUGGGUCUUCACUCCUUGCGUUGGAACAAUGUAUAUAAUAAUAACACCACAACAACAAAACUGAAACACAGGCACACAUAUUCUUCACCCCUUUCCUUUGAAGGUUGAAAAUGUAUGAACAUAUACUUAAGAAUUACGCUUGUUGCCAUCCAGGUUUCUGAUUUUUAAUGAAUUUCCCUAAAUCUUUUUUUGUGGUUUACUCCAAACAAUAGUAAAAUUUAAGAUGAUUUUAAUUGCAUCCAGUAUGAAUUUAUAAAAUUCUAAUUUAUUUCAUACAUUGCAACACUGUAUUGUAAAGUUAACUUAAACCAUUAUUAUUAAAGCGUCCUGCUGUCUUUUACCUCAAAACUUGUAUGUCUUCAGUAAUCAUGCCAGUAAAUUCAAAGCUAAAAUGAACAUGUUUGUGACUCGCUUCUGUAAAAUAGCGACAAAGCCGGCAAAUGUUUAGUAUGUUAGUCUUGUGCACACUAGAGCUAUGUGCUUAGCAAAAUUUCUCUUUUGUGUAUGUAUGGCUAUUAUAUCUGGCAAAUUUUAUGUAUGUAUGCCUAUUAUAUCUGGCAGGCAAUAGUGUUGUGGUAUUGUAAGUUCUUUGCUUUUCCUGGAGGAAAUUCAUGCCAAAAAUGGCACACACUUGAGGAAAUUCAUGCCAAAAAUCAUUGAACAUGUUGAAUAUUUGGUCAUAGGCAUACGGGAUUGAUGCUUUCCAGGGGGGGGCAGUUAAAAGUUUGCCCGACUUUUUAUGGAGGAUUGUAAUGAAAUUGCCUGAAUUUAACCUAUUUGCUGAUAAAUCUGCCGGAAUUUUCUUGAAUUUUCCUAACAUUUGCCCGAAUUUCCAGGGUUUUCCAAAAUUUGGGGGGGGCAGUUGCCCCCCUGUCUCGUACGCCUAUGUAUUUGGUGCGGUGACAAAACACCACACAUCGUUGUGUGCCAGGUGUUUAGCAAAUUUCUUAUAUAGUUUUAAAGUGUUUUAAAAAGUCAACUGAUCACAGAACCUGCUCAUAUAGGUUCAUGCAGAUCCAAUUGUCAAAUCCAGUCAGGCUUAUUUUACAUACUAUAUAGUCAUAGAAGAUCCAAUAACUUAUAAUUCAGUCAAACAAACUUUAAAUUUGGGUGUUCGCUGCAUUAUAGAACUAACCCUAACCCCAAACAAAAUGGUGGUGUUCCGGUAGUCAGUGUUUUACUACAUGCCUCCAUCAAGGGCUUUUAUUAUACAUACAAUAUCAAAUAAAAUAUUCUUGAUUACAAAUACUGUAUAUUUUACAUUCAAUUCGAAAUUAACUAAUAAUUAAGGAAAUAACACAAUGGGAUUAAUUAAUGUUGGGCCCCUCACCAACUUCCACUCUGGCUACGUCACUGUGUGGCGACCCAGUCUGAAUGAGAAUAUCAAAGGUAUAGCUUACCAAACCAGAAAGUGUUUUUAAUAGCAACCAUUUCAUGAACAUGACACAAGCAUGGAGAACUAAGAUAUGUGAAUGAUUUCCUCAAUGGUGAAAUGCUGCAAAUAAGCUGAAUAUCAGGCCUUUUUCUAGGGGCAUACUCCCAUCUAUGCAUUGCUGGCAAUUCCAGUAGCUAUAUAUAUAUAAGUUUUUAAUCCACUUGAAAUGCAAGUUCGCAUAGAAUAACACUAACUAAGGCUUCCAAUUCAUGCUUGCGAAAAGAUGUUUGUUGCAACUUGCUGUACAUAAAGAAUUUGGAGGUAGCCCUCUCCCUGUCGGUGUCCAUCAAUGCAUGCAACAUAUCAUUUUAUUACAUAUCAACUACAGUAAUCAAUAAAACGUCUUCUUGGUCUUGUACUACUUCACGACUGACACAAACUCUCGAGGGAACAUUCCUUUGCGUCCGCGAAACUCUCCACACCACCAGGUAUCAUCCUCUUGGCGUAGAACUGUAAUCAUAUCUCCUUCAUGAAAUGAUAGUUCUUCAGUGCCCUGUGCUGUGUAAUCAAAGUCUGCUCGGACCUUCUUAACUGUUGGUUUGGGCCGUUUCUUGACAUCCUGAACUGUUGAAUAUGUUGGAUCAUCUUCUAUAUCAUCGUAGUCUAGAACUGAAAAUAUACAGUUAUUAUUUGUAGAAUACUAGGAUGUGAGUUAAGAUAGUUUGUAAGUAUAACAUGCCCCAUCUGAAAAUCAACUCAUUGUAUUUUUACAAAUGUGUUGUGUAUGGC